AUGAUUUUACUAUUAUCAUUUUUUAAUUGUUUUUUAACAGCAGAAGUACUCAAUCUCACAACUAAGACACUCCCCAUCAAGGAUUCGUAUGGAGGAACUAUUGAGGUUAUUUAGGGAUCGGAGUAUAAACUCAAAAACUUCGAAAAUGCUGAAUAUGCUAUAAAUAUAGAAUUGAAAAAAAAUACUACAUCUCCAAAGGACAUAUGCUUUUCUAAAUAAAGUACCAUCCACUUUGGAGAUUAUGAAAGUCACCAUAAAGUUAUCUACAAUUCUACCAUAAAUCCUGACGAAGAACAUGCCAAUGAUCCAUCAUACUAUUUAAGCUCUCCAAUUAUGACUAACAUGGUUCACACUAAACAGGGGUUAGCUAUUGUAACUAGUGACCAUAAUUUACUUAAUUACAAGGUCAUUCAAAAUUAUAGUAGCAAGACAGGUUUCUCCACUCAAUUACUUUCCACUGUUGAUUUUAAGGAAUUAAGAAAACAUGCUACUGAAUUAGAAAUACCUUAGAUUAUUUAUGUGCCUUUUAAUGAAUACAUUUAUAUCAUUUAUUCAGACCAAAUUAUAGGAGGUAAAGCUGAAAAUAAUAUUGAAUUGGCAGUCAUCCAAUUUUCAGGAUUUUAAACUCAAAACUGCUACAUCAAUUAAAUCAAAGUAUAUCACAACUUCCUAUUUAUACCUGCUGGUUCAGACGGUUUACAUAUAUACAGAUUCCAAGCAUCUGGUUAAAUCAAUUACGAUAAUACUCUUUCCUCAUCAAAUUUAUUCUUUAAAGUUGUUCCCAUUCAUUUAACUGAUAUAGUCUUCUCUACUUCUAAUUAAACCUAUGCGUAUAUAUUAGACUAACUGAAUGGAGUAACAAGGUUUUUGGUGUAGACUGAUAAACUGAAAAUUGAAUUGAUCAGAGAUAAUUUAUUUGGAUUAGUUCCAAUAAAAAAUGCAAUGAGUUUGGCAGUAUCCCCUGAUGAAUUUCUCCUGGUGCUCAAAUAAGUGGGCGUAUUUCAAUAAUUGAUUGAAGUAGGCUUAUCCAAUUCAGAAUGGUUUUUCCUCAAAACACAUCAUCUGACAGGCCAAUAUUUUGAUAUUGAUAUUGGUCCAAUCUUUGUUCUUUUAAGAGGAAAGGAUGAGCAUAGAAUUAUACGAGUAGGUAUAUAUGAGGAGUUCGAACCUGACUAUGUAUUCUAUUCCUAAGAUGAUUAAUAUACUGAGAAAGCAAACUCUUUUCACGAAUAAUAUGUGUUCAUUCCAAAAUUACAAGAUGUAGAGUUUUACAAUGAUAACUUUGCCAUAGGUAAUGAUCCAUCCAAGUGGUCAUUCAAUCAAUCCUAUCCAUUUAUUUUAGGAUUAACUCAACAUACUAUUGUAGAGAUUCCCUACAUUAGUCAACCACCCUAUGUGUAUUGUUCUCCUAGCUCUGAUGAAGAUAUCGGAAUAGUCUAUCAAUAUGAUAUCAAUUUAUACUCUACUGCCUGUCCAGACAAGGACAAAUAUUUAGAAGAAAAUCCUACUAUCCCUUUUCAAACUGUCUAAUGUCUCUAUUAGGAGUCUUUCAAGGUCAAAGCAAUACAAGCAUAAGGGAAAUUGUAUGAUACAUAGUUUUAAGUCGUCAUCAUAAUUUGCUUAAUUUUGAUUUUAACUGCCGUAAUCUUUACAAUGAUUAUCUUGUACAGAAGAUAUCAUAAGCAAGAGGAAAGUUUAACCAGCAGCAUUUAAGGAUUUGAAAACAGCAGAGGAUAUGAUUUUGAACCAAAUGAAGGCCCUUAAUGA